AUGCUUAGCCUCUUCAGACACUCGGUGGACUCGGUCGCGUCGUAUUCUAGCCAGAAUCACGUUGACCGAAUAAGGACUCAGAAUUUCUCAGCGGCUUCUUGUCAAGACGAUAGCGACUUCGGAUCGAUAAAGACAAGCCUCUUUAGAAGAUCGUCUUCCAAUUUAGAAUAUCCGAUUAAACGCCCCGACAGCGCCACUUCAAAUACAAGCUCCACAAGAAGCCGUCUUCGAGAACUUGUAGAAAGGAAAUCGAGUCAGGACGAACACAAAUCCGCUGCAAAUACAGUCGCUGACAUACAAUACUUUGAGAAUCCCACGGAAACUCUUGAAUUUGAUAGCCCACGAAACUCGCUAGAGUCGAAGAAAAAGAACGACGAAAGGCCAAAGAAAAGGAGGUUAUCUAAAUGUAAAGAGAGCGAUAAAAAUAAAAAACAGGAAAAGUAUCAGAGUAAAUUGGCCGAUUACUAUAAGUUACCAGUCCAAUUACCUCAAGACGAGUUUUAUCAGCACUUGACCCGGUCAAAAGCGGCUGAGGAGUUUUUACACAAGCAUUUAUCGAAUUCCGACACAGAGUUUAGCGGUAGCUACGGCAGAUUGUGCAAACAUAGAGAUCUUGAGGGCUCUAAUUUACGUCGCAGUAGAAGUUUAGCUGUCAUUAGGGAAGAAACGUUUACGGACCUCCAAAUUCAGAAUCACGUUAAGAAUAAAAGAUCUCAGCUAAUUCCUCGCGCCCGAUUAUUUGAUAAACCUUGCUUCAAAGACAGAUUAUCUGGUCGAGCAAAAUAUCACACUAAGGAAGAGGUAUUAGAAGGGAUAUACAUCGAUAGCACUGUAUCGUGUUUUGCUGAUAUUAAUCGACAACAACAGGAAGAGCCAACUAGUCUUCCAAAGACUAAUGAUAACCAUUCUCAAAAAGAAAACUCACCGUGUAAUGAAAGCAUUCGUUCUAAAUCAGCGAAUGGUAGCUGGGCAAACCUAACUGAAGAUACAAAACAAAUUAAUCUUUCAGAAGAUAGCAUUGGCCACUCUCGAAAUCCAAGCGAAAUCGACAGCUUAGAUUCAAAUUACGUCAGAAAACACUACAACUUUGAGGCGCACCGGAAGAGCUAUAAAGAAGGAUCUCCUGAUACCGAAGGUUCUUUGGUUUCCCCAUCUUGUAAAGAUCUCUACAUAGCAACUGAUGAACACGAUAGUGGUCCUGAGUAUAGAGCAAACUCAAAGACACCUAAUCUAUUAACUGAAGCACAAAUAUCAACUUCACACAAUAAUAAAGAAAUAGAAAAUUGCAACGUUGACGACCACGUUACGUACGACAUUAUAUCUAUUAAGAGUAAAACGGGCGAAAUAAGUGACAAUCACGCCGAUGUUUAUAUAAACAUAAGCGAAGAUAAAAAUGAAGAGACCCAAUCAAUAAUUUCAGAAAACGACGGCACCGUAUCAAGCCCACCAGAUAGCAUUACGUCGUAUAUAUCGAUAUCUAUAGAGUCGUCUACGGAUAAAUCACACAAGUUAGAAUACUUGACUCACUCUUUAGCCGAAAAAAUCGAUGAGUAUUGUGAUUCUCAAUACCAAGACCAUAUUUCUCAGAAAUCACGAACGGUGGACGCCGAAAGUCAACGGCCAGAUAGCGAUCCCAUUUAUACAGCUGUUCAGAAGAAGAAAACAUUCGCUGACAUAAGAAAAGAAUCAUUUGCAAAAACACAAAAACCAUCUCUUGAAAAUAAUAACAACAACAAUUCUACUGAAAUCUACGUAAGCCGAACCUAUAUUGAUACAGAAACAUACGAUAAAAAACAGGUAUCUGCAUCAAAAAAUAUUACAACAGAACCAUUUGUUACAACUUUAUUAGAAAAUCAAUACUAUUCAUUACCGGAUAUUAAUAUAAGUAAAUGUCUAAGAAAAUCUGAAAGAAUAGAUGCCCAAUUAAGAGAGGAAGACCCAGAAGACAACACAUGUGAAAAUACAUAUGAAGUGGCCCAAACUCAUUUCCAACAAAUACUAAACUGCAAAAAUAGUGAAAACUACGGGCAAUUAAAUAAAACUCUUGCAGCACCACUGAACAAAAAUAAUUCUCACAGUACUAGCAUUUAUUUGCCAGAGUACACGGAGCCUCAAAUCUUACAAAAUUGUACAAAACUUGAAGACGACUUAAAGUCAAUAAUCACUAUAACAAGUUCUAAUCCCGAUGACUUCUAUACAGACAACCAACAAAACGAAAGAGAAAUAAACGAAAUCGAAGGUACUAUAAGGAAUACUAAGUUAAUAUCGAAAAGUGAAAGCUUAAAACUCUCCUCAAACACUGCAUGUAGACCAGAAGUUAAGAUAUUAAAAUCUUAUUCUAACGAUAAUAUUCAUAACGGCAGGCCAAAAGGAAAAACCAACAUCAAAAAACAUUAUUCUCUGAGGCAGCGAGAUCCUGUUGAUACAGUAAAUAUACCAAGCCCGGAAGCUGUUGUCAAAAGCUUACAAAACACACAAAGGGUAUUUUCAAAGCCUUCAUUUGCCGAAGAGCUACGUAAUCACUCCCUAAUAUCAAGAGUGCAAUCUUUUAAAUCAUCGAAAGACUCAAAUAUUGACAUCAUACCUUUAAGUGGUCACCAAACUCUUAUAAUUGAUCCUCCUUUGCAACAAAACGCCGACGCAAAAGAAGACAAUAAAUCUCCAAAGCAUUUAGAGGGUGAAUUUAGCACUAAAGCUGAAAGCUUAGUUAAACCGAUUUGCGUUAAAGAAACCCAAAAUACAAUCAAAGAAAGUGAGCUAGUGUAUAAAGAACCAGACAAUAUUAAUUUAAGAGAUUCAUUUAUAACAAUAAAAUUAAACAAAGUAGUAAAGAAAAACUUACAAAAACUUAAAUCUGACACAUGUGAUUUAAAUUCACUAUCGUCAAAAAAUAAACCCCCCUCAAAACUUAUAAUAAAAGAUCAUAAAAAUUAUUCCCUUACUCGAAAAUUUGAUACCAAUAAAACGAUGAGUCGCCCACAAAUACUGCAAGUAGUUGAUUCAAAAAAUACAAAAAUAAAAGAUCAGAUGCAAUCACAAUCAACGUCAUGUGAAAGAUUAGAUCACAAACCAAAUUCAGGCACAAAAUGUAUUGACAACCAGGAUACAAUGGAUUCUACAAAGGUGGUAAAAGGUGAGACCCAAGUAAAAGAAAGAUUGGAUGACGCUAUUAAAACAGACAUUGAAUACCAGGAAAAAAUUAAUUCAGUCAAAAGUUAUUGGUCGAAAUUAAUAGACAAAACUCCAGUAGACAACUUAAAUAAACCUGAAAGAGAAGAAUAUAUAAAUAAUGAACCAAAUAAUGAUGUUGAAGACACAAAGCAACAGGAUACAACAGAAUAUGACAAUGUUGUACCAGAAAUUUCGGUUGGAAAAAUAAUACAAUCAUUAGAAAAUGUUAAAAUUGUUGACAGUAUAAAAAAAAUAAGUCAAACAAAGUUACAGCUAUGGAAAGAUGAUACGGAGAAAGUUAAAAGUGAUUCAGAAAUAGAAGAACCACCAGUUGAGAAAAUUGUAAAAGACAAUAAUUCUCAGCAAUUUUAUCCAAUACCAAAAUCAGAACAAAAUAAUACAAAGAGCGAUUUGAGCUCCUAUCGCAAUACUCCAGAAAUCGAAAUUGUGGAAUUAAGUAGUGAGGAUAAUCUAAACGAAAAGACACAGGCUACUUUAAUAAAAGCUAAAGGAUACGAGAAAGGUUGUGACGAUUUCGACCAUGUUCGUUAUAAGGUAAUGAAAUCUGAACUAUUUAAAAAUAGUAUGAUAGCAAAUUACAAAAAAGAGGCGCAGUUUGAUGGCUUACUUCAGUACUUACAGGACUAUAGUUUUCAAGAGUUAUUGACCAAUAAUAAUAUUGUUAUAAUUGAACCAGUGCGAACCAAAGUAGAACCAACUCCUCGUAAAGAAAGAAAUAUUGAUACAUGUAAAAUACACGCCUCAUACUUAAAGAAAAGUGACGGUUCAUUGCAGGCGGAAAAGUCCAAAAAUGCAGUGAGAAGACACUUUUUUUAUCACCCUAUUAGGGUAAAUAAAGAAAUUAUCGAAGAAGAAUUACCUAAUCCUGAUACUGUAAAAAAAGUAAGGAAUCUAUUCGAAGAUACAUUAAAGAUGAAAAGUCCGAUGACCCAUGACCCACCAUUGGUAGAUGAGAACAUUGGACUGACGCGGCGUUCAACGUCGUAUAGAAACUUAAGUGAAGAAAUAAAGACGAAUAAAAACGUAGGUAGAAAGAAAGUUAUACGUCAAUUAACCAUAGACACUAAUUUAGGUCAUAAAAAAUGGGAUAAUGCGAGUCUUUCAAGUGGAGUAUCUAGCGGCGAUUUGAGCUCAAAUAAUGAUUACGAUGCUGAAGCACUUAGCCCUUAUUCAAAUAAAAAUAUAAAGGACAAUAUAUACAGUUCUAGCGACGAAUAUUUGUGCGAUUCUGCUACCCAAGAUUUUUGCUGUGAGAGCCAGUAUGUUAGUCCAGACAUUCUCAAAAAAAUUCGCGAAUGUGGGACUUCAGUAACGUACUAUGGUGGUAAAGUAUUGAAUUCUAAGACUGGUUCAAACGUAAGCCCGAUGACAAAAGCAAUUAUGGACGAGAUAAAGAGUUUACAACGAAAUUGUAGCGCGGAUUGUUAUUCGUGUCAAACAAAAUGUAAAGGAGAUAAAUGUGCAUGCUUAGUUGCAGAUAAACACAAGCAAAUACCAGAAAAACCGAUAUCCCAGGCGGCAGAUAAUAAAAAUGUCAUAUGUCAAGAACAGCCAACACCCACAGACACUUUUCCAGGUUUUAAAUUCAAACUGGUUAAAUCUAAUAGCUGUAGCAGCCGAUUAGAACUAACCGGCACCGAAGAAAGCAAAAACUUAAGAUUUCGAUUUAGAAAACCAAAGUUAAUCGGCGAUCCCCCACUUUCGCAAGAUGAAGAAAACUCGGUGAAAAAUAGGAUUUGUCGUUUAGAAAGUUACAAUAAAGGACAGAUAAAGACGCCUAUAAAAUUUAAACAAGAGAAAAGGAUAAGUGACAUGGAAAAAACAGAAAUUAAAGGUACUAUAACCGAAAAUUGGUCUAGUAUUUGUGAAAGUAAAAAACAAAAUAUAGAAACAAAAUCUGCCAUUGAAAACUCGAAGACAGAGCUGCAAGACAAAAUUCUAAGCGAUAACCACAGUUUUGAAAAGAAGUUUUAUUACGUUAAUGAACAUUUACAACAUAAUAAGAUUGUAAAUACUGGAAAAUUUGGAGAAAUGGUAUUUGAGGAGUUUGAGGUAUUGGAAAAUUGCUACGACAGUUUAAACAGCAAUAAAUCUUAUAAGUAA